AUGGCGGGCUCAGGCGAGUCUGCCACCACUAAUAACCCCUCACCGACGAUCGCCACCACCACCACCGCUGCUGCCGACAUGGAGGAGUCAGCCCAGAAACCAAAUGGCUCUCCUGCAUCAGAUGUACCCGCACAAAAGCCAAUUCCCGCUGCGACAACAAUGGCCGACAAGCCUGAAUUCGAUGAUUUUGGUCUACCCAUCAGACGAUAUGUACCUCCACCCCCGGAAGACGACGAUGAGACGACCGAUGCUCAGUCUGAACCGAAACACCCUGAUCCCGAACCUUCAAAGAUCGAAAAGGAGCUAGACGCCAACGAUGCUCACUCUGACACGAAAGUCAAUGGCGACAAGAAACCAAACAGCAAUGGCGCAGAAUCAGACAGUGAGGACGACUUCAGAGACGCGCAAUCCGAGCAGCCGGCCACUGCCGCUGCGUCUGGCAACAACUCGAACACUCCGUCGACCCCGGUAACCUCGAACCUGGACAAGGACGAAAUCAAAGACAAAAUUGCUGCAGAUGCAGACAGAGAUGUCAAAGAAGGCGUUGCGAUAAUCAAUGGCGACGAGAGCGCGGAAGAGAAGGUGGAGGAAAAGGAGAAAGGCACUACAACUACGCCCAGCGAAACAAAAUCAUCAAGUCCAACACAGCCGGCCGCUGAUGAGGCAACUGCCCCAGCGGCCGUUUCCAAUAUUGAAAUCAAAGACAACAGUGUGCCGACGAACGGCGUUGCCGAUGCCAAGAAGGAGGAUGCAAAGGAAAUGCAGGCGACAAAGGAGACCAAGGCAAAGGACGAGCGGCCUGAUUCACCCGUGAAGCUCGUCGACAAGGCAGACCAGCCCCAACCAAAGGCAGCAGGAGGCACCCAUACUAGAGAUACGAGCACCGCUAGCAACGUUGUCAUGUCUGAAUUCUCUCAUCAGCAGCUGACGGCAGACAAAGAGGAAGAGAAAGACGAUGACGAUGGCGAAUGGCAGGAGAUGCCGGCAUUUGCACCCUACGAUGUUUACGACGAAGACAAUAGGCUUGUUGCCAAGGAGUACACGGAAGACGUGGACAACGAGAAAUACGGCUACGGCGGGCUCGGAGGAGCUGGCAAGGGAUAUACUCGAGUAAUUAUGGACGACGAUGCGGAAUCGGCAACGAGCAUGGACGACAACACGCAGUAUCUUUUCAAAGACGUGAAGAGCACGGCAAUGACAGAGGACGACGAGGAAGCGCGAGACGCUGUUUCUCAGAUGCAGGCGACCAAGGACCUCUUGACCGAAGGGCAGAGGAUAGCAUAUGUUGGACUUACCAGACUGGAAAUUCAUCACAUGGUCAAGGAAGCCGAGAGCAUCGAGCAUACCAGGGGAACGAAGAAGGAAGUCAACAUGUCAGCUGAAGCCACCAAGAUGUGGGGACAGAAGAUGAUGAUCCGUCUCUAUACCCAUAUGGACAUCAGCUCCCAGGAGCAAAUUAUGGUCGAGCAGCUAAGCGACCACGGUGUCGUCCCCUCUGACUUGACGCCAUUGCUGAUGGCCAACGCCAGGGUGAAGAACCCGAUGGCGGAAGAGUCACGCUCUUCGCUGUCCAUGUCAUCACCACGCACAGCGUCCCCGCGGACACCACUACCACCCAGCUCGCCGGCCCUGCCCGAGGAUGAGAAGCCUGCUGAGGCGCCUCCGCCAUAUGAGACCCAUGAGGGAGAAGAGCUCCCCGCUGUGAAAACUCCGGCGCAGCUGUCAACAUCAGCCAACAUCGACAUCGAUCUUCGCUGGACGGUGUUGUGUGAUUUGUUCCUUCUUUUGAUUGCGGAUUCGGUUUAUGACUGUCGUUCCAGAAUCCUAUUGGAGCGUGUUGGAACAAGCCUGCAGAUUGACUGGUUGGAUGUUAGGAAGUUCGAGAAGAAAGUGACGGAUGCUUUGGAAAUGCAGCAGGCAGCCGAGAAGGAAAACUGGAACGAGGACGAGCAUAUGGAGCACAGGAGAAAGCAGGCUCUCAAGAAACGAUACGUCAUGAUGGGCUUGGCCACAGUCGGAGGCGGCUUGGUCAUCGGUCUGUCCGCAGGUCUGCUUGCGCCCGUCAUCGGAGCCGGUCUAGCAGCCGGUUUCACGACAUUGGGAGUGACGGGAACUGGCACUUUCCUCGGCGGCGUCGGUGGCGCUGCUAUCAUCACGUCCAGUGCGGCCGCUUCAGGAAGCGUUAUUGGAGGCCGCGCAGCGAAUCGGAGAACUGGCGCGGUUAAGACUUUUGAGUACCGGCCUUUGCACAACAACAAGCGUGUCAACCUGAUUGUCACUGUGGCUGGAUGGAUGACGGGCAAGGUCGAUGACGUUCGCCUGCCCUUCAGCACUGUUGACCCCAUCAUGGGCGACAUCUACUCCGUCUUCUGGGAACCAGAGAUGUUGAGAAGUAUGGGUGACACCAUCAACAUUCUUGCCACAGAGGCUCUCACCCAAGGUCUUCAGCAAGUUCUGGCCAGCACUAUUCUCACGAGUCUAAUGGCUGCCUUGUCUUUGCCAGUCGUCUUGACCAAGCUUUCCUAUCUGAUUGACAACCCGUGGAGUGUCUCUCAGGACAGGGCUUGGGCCGCCGGCCUGAUCCUUGCAGACUCACUGAUUGACAGAAACCUGGGAACCCGCCCGAUUACGCUUGUCGGGUACUCACUUGGCGCACGUGUGAUUUUCUCCUGCCUCUUGGAGUUGGCCAGAAAGGGCGCGUACGGCCUCGUUCAGGAUGUCUACCUCUUUGGUUCGCCUCUGAUUAUCAAGAAGGACGAAUGGCUGCGAGCGCGGACGGUCGUACCAGGCAGAUUUGUGAAUGGAUACAGCACCAACGACUGGAUCCUUGCGUACUUGUUCAGACUGACCAGCGGCGGCCCUAGAAAGGUUGCCGGCUUGGCCAAGAUUGAGGAAGUUCCGUUUAUCGAGAACUUUGACGUCACGGAAAUCGUCAAGGGCCACAUGGAGUACCGACAGGCUAUGCCUCGUCUCCUUCGAGAGUGUGGUUGGCUGGUGGAGAGCGACGAGUUUACCGAAAUCGAGGAUCCGGACCCGGAGAACCACCAGGAACGCCAACGUGAGCUUAUUAAUGAGAUCGAAGAAGCGCGCAAGGAACUUGAAAAGGAGGGCCAAAAGAAGAAGAGCAGAUUCUCGCUAUUUGGACGAGGAAAGAAGGCCGACAAGGAAAAGUGGGAGAUUUAUGAGGACAUGGCGAAGGAGGGUAAGCAAACACCCUCGAGAACAGAAGACAAGGAGGGCAAUAAUCAUGGUGUGCUCUUUGACAUCGACGCAAUCCGAGCCGAGGUGGCCAAGGAGAAGAAUAAGCCGGCCGAAAAUCCAGAAGAGUUUCAAGUGAAGGAGCUCAAAUCGACUCUACCACCGAUGAAGCUGGACCUUAACUCUUCAAAUUCGUCCCUGAACCCACGAGACAGCUUGCGGGAGACGAAGAGCGCAUAUGCCGUGCCAGGCCGAGCGUCGUACGAAACUUCCGGCUCCUAUGGCUAUACGCCAGAGCGGACGCCGACCUUCCACUCGAGUCAAACCUUCCCAGCAACGCAGCGCGCCCCGUCCCCAUAUCACGCGGCUCUCUCGCCACAAGAGGAUAUUCAGAUGACAUUUGACGACUCGUUCCAUGAUCCUCCGCCAGCGCCACGACCUCCACCGAAAGAUGACCCUCCGCCAACUCGGCCAGAGAUGAAGACUACGCAGUCGGUGCCGACCAUCGCCAGCAACCCGUGGGCUGACAUUGAUGAUGAUGAUUUUGGCAAGGAGAAGGACAUUUCCAUGACUUUUGCAUAG